GCUGGCCAGUGCUGAUGAUGAAGAUACGCAACGGGCAGUAUUUCGUGCCAACCUAUCUGUCCACUCAAGUGGCAAACCUCCUGCAGAAACUGCUAAACCUCCACCCUAGACAGAGAGACAAUCUGAGGGACAUCAUGUCAGAUCCCUGGAUAAACAUGGGCCAAGAGGAAGAGCUGAAGCCCUACGUGGAGCCACCCAGUGAUGUAAUAGACACCUGGGUAAUGGAAGAAAUGGUGAACCUGGGCUUUGGGGAGGAAGACAUCAAGAACGCAUUGGGAAAUAAAAUAUACAACAACAUCCUGGCCACAUACCGCAUUUUACACAGAAAAAACUUAAAAUACCAGCACCGUAUAAUCAAGGUGAAGCCCUUCCAUCCCCCUGAGUUCCAGAGCCGCAGCCCCUCCCCAGCCCAGGAGGUUCAAUCCGAGUUAUCCGGUUGUAAGCAAGCAGAGCAGCUGCCUAUGGACCAGGAGCCAGGAGAGAAGGCCGGACAGUCUACCAGUCCUACAUACACCCAGGAUUACAGCACAGCCAUUUCUCAGUCCAGGACCACCCUACCCCCAUCCAGGCCAGGCUCCAAGACCGCCAUUCCUGAGCCCAGCCGGAAGUCUAGAAACGACACCCCUGAGCCCCCCCCUCCCAAGCACUGCUGGGGCUCCAGGACCUCCACUUCGCAGCACAGCCAGGGCUCCAGGUACGCCACUCCUGACGAAAGAUCAGGCUCCACAACUGCCAUUCCUGAGGAAAGAUCAGGCUCCUGGACUGCCAUUGCUGAGCCCAGCCAGGGGUCCAGGACUGCCACUCCUGAGGAAAGAUCAGGCUCCACAACCGCCAUUCCUGAGCCCAGCCGGGGGUCCAGGACUGCCACUCCUGAGGAAAGAUCAGGCUCCACGACCGCCAUUCCUGAGCCCAGCCGGGGGUCCAGGACCACCACUCCUGAGGAAAGAUCAGGCUCCAGGACCGCCACUCCCGAGCUCAGCCCUGGUUCCAGCACCAUCCUUAGCCCAGCCCCCCAAUGUCACCCUGGGGACUCUCUCUCCAGCAAUAGCACCACCAGCAGCCGUGGAAACCAACAAAAAAUCAAGCCGCGCCGGCGGCAGGUGGUUACGGGGUGCUUGAACUUUUUACGAAAAGUCUUUUGUCUGCCUCCCAAGAAGGGGUCUUGACUGCAAAGGCAGUCAAGUAAAGCCCCUAUAGACUUUUGACAGCAAAGGCAGGGCUAGAACAAGGCAAGGGCUAUAACAAUAACUGACAUAAAGAACACACUUGAAGGAAUUACCGGUAGGUUGAAUUAGGCAUAGGAUCGAAUCAGCGACU